AUGAAAAUGAAAAUGCGCAGUCGCAUUAUUCGCCGAUCGAGUAGAGCUGCACGAUUCCCGAGAAGAUUUUCCGAUAAAUUUUCGAUUUCACAAUAUGACGAAAUGUUUGUGGAAAUCGUGAAAAGCCAAAGAAAUCAUCUGGAGGCCGAAAUGUACAGAAAAGUCAAGCGAAUAAUGCAAAAAUUCUCGUCAUCAUAGCGAUAAACAAAUGAUUCGUAAACAUUGCAAGUCAAAAAAAAUAAUAUUGGGAAGAAAAAUAGUCGAAAAACGUGUCCAGAGAAAUCCAAGAGAAAAUCCUCGGAAAUUUGAUUGGAAAAAUUGGACAGGCAGAUUUUCGGGUAAUUAGUUUAGUGGUAAAGGCGCCCCAAAAAAAAACCGAAAAAAGGAGGCCAUAUGCUUGACCUCAAAAAAACUGCCAUUGUAAAAUUUCCUAAUCUGCGACCAUCGAAAACGACUUGCACUAAAACGUCCAUUUUAUGGGCCAAUUUUAACCGAAUCCUUAUUAAAAAGGCCAUUUUGACGAUAUUUUUGCAAUCAUUUAACGUUAAUUCGACGAAAAUCGAAAGAUUUGGUCCUUCGGACGAGCGGGCCGGACGCCACACAGCCGCCAUCACGGUCGUCGCGCAAAGCUUGGUGUGAGCGAGUCCGUGAAAAGUGGAGUGAGUGUUUUGUGGCUCCGUAUUUUUCGUGAUUCUCAUGCGGAUUACCCGAGAAAAUACGUAGGUAAUGGUUUUUCGCAUAGCUUAAAGUCUUGUCUCAAUGAAAAACCAAAUUUUAAACCGCGGAAUUUUAUGUAGAGUGCAAAAAAAUGGAAAAUUCUGACGAGCCUUUCCGUCGAACGGCUAACAGACAAGAUACCAUGACCUUUUUUGUCUAGUCCAGCACCAUCCCAACCAUGAGAUUCCUGUUUUACCCUCUAAAUUGCUGGACCAGCUCUUGAUAGGCCCAGGUGCUUUAACAAAACCUUUACUGUCAAGGUGAGGCGAUGCAACAAGUUGAGGCUGCAGCUCAGAAUAAUAAUACUGGUAAAAUGAACGAGCAAGCCUCGGCAGGCAACGGGGCGGCCGCGGUGCCCGCCCAGUCCGCCACCCCAUCCAAUGCUAUCGCCCGGGACAAUCGCGAACCUCCGCCCAGAAACGAACCGCCAGUUGAACCUGUCGAUGGGGUGGUUCAACCUAACGUCAUACCACAAGCAGAUAGGCCUGGUAGGGUAACAAAUCAGUUGCAGUUCUUGCAAAAAACAGUACUGAAAGCUGUUUGGAAGCAUCAAUUUGCUUGGCCCUUUCAACAACCUGUAGAUGCUAAAAAAUUAAAUUUACCAGACUACCAUAAAAUAAUUAAACAACCCAUGGACCUAGGAACGAUAAAAAAACGCCUGGAUAAUAUUUACUAUUGGUCAGGAAAAGAAUGUAUUCAAGACUUCAAUACAAUGUUUACAAAUUGUUAUGUGUAUAAUAAACCCGGUGAAGAUGUAGUAGUAAUGGCACAAACUCUAGAAAAGGUAUUCCUGACCAAAGUGGCAGACAUGCCAAAAGAAGAAAUAAUUGUAGAGUCCCAAAUGAAAAGUGCAAAAGGUAAAAAAGGCCGGGCCAGUUCAGUAGGUGCUACCACCCCAACCGCUACCAUUAUUGGAACACCUUCAAGAGGUAGACCUCCAGUGACUGUAUCAUCAACAGUAUCAAAUCCAUUUGCUACAACUACAGGCUCUAUGGGUUUACCUCUCGGCACUGCCGCCCCUGCUACAGUUCCAGGCAGUACCGCCACAACGACGAUAGCGCCCCCUAUCAAUGUUAACUCCCAAGCGACACCCAUAAUUCCAGCUCCAACCUACGCCCCUCCACCUCUUGACCCGACGCCCGUAACGGCGCUGGGUGUCGUACCUCCUGCGCAACCUGCCAAAAGUAAAAAGGGCGUUAAAAGAAAGGCCGAUACUACCACACCUGCGACAGCUUAUGAUUAUUUACCUUCAGGUGCCGAUUCAAAUUCAUCCUCGUCCGCUAGUAAGAUCUCUAAGAGGCGGGAAUCGGGACGACAAAUUAAGAAGCCUCUUCGUAGUCAAGAAUUAGAUGGAUUAGGUCCAUAUAGUGGUGGACCGGCAGGUAUACCCUCACCAGGUAGCCAAGCGGCGCUCGCCCUAAAGUCCAAAGAAAAACUGAACGACACUUUAAAAGCCUGCAACGAGAUACUAAAAGAACUAUUUUCGAAAAAACACUGCAGUUAUGCGUGGCCCUUUUACAAACCGGUGGACGCGGACUUGUUGGGCUUGCACGACUACCACGACAUUAUCAAGAAACCCAUGGAUUUGGGCACGGUGAAACGGAAAAUGGACAGUCGCGAGUACCGGUCGGCGCAAGAGUUUGCCGAAGACGUCCGGCUGAUUUUCACCAAUUGUUACAAGUACAAUCCUUCGGAUCAUGAUGUGGUUGCGAUGGCGCGCAAAUUACAGGACGUAUUUGAAGUCAAAUUUGCAAAAAUCCCUGACGAACCCUUAAAUAGGAUAAGUGGUAUGGUUCCUAAUGAGUCGAGUUCGUCCGGUUCAAGUUCAGAAAGUUCGAGCGAAACGGAAGAUUCUGAAGAGGAACGACGAAACAAGCAAUUGAAACAACUUGAAAAAGAACUAACAGCAAUGCAAGAGAGAAUGCGAAAAUUGGUGGAAGAAAGUACGAAACGUAAAAAAGAAAAGAAAAAACAAAAAAUGAAAGACAAACCGAAAAAGAAUUCAGUACAAGCGCUGGCCCUUCCCAACAGUACUGGUCCCCGAGGUCCGAAACCGGGAGCAGGGGCGCCAGGAGUGAACGCGGGCGGGCCGGCGGGCAAACGCGCGAAAGCGGGCAGAGGAGCGGGAGCGGGCGGGGCGGGUCCGGGUCGCAAAAAAGCGCAGCCAGUGUCCGUGGUACCGGCGUUCGAUUCAGAGGACGAGGACAGCGCCAAGCCGAUGUCCUACGACGAGAAACGUCAACUGUCGCUGGACAUCAACAAACUACCAGGCGACAAACUAGGUCGAGUCGUGCACAUAAUCCAGUCCAGGGAGCCGUCGUUGAGGGACUCGAAUCCGGACGAGAUCGAGAUAGACUUCGAAACGUUGAAACCGUCAACGUUGAGAGAACUGGAAAGUUACGUCGCGUCGUGUCUCAGAAAAAAGCCACACAAAAAGUUACCGGGCAAAUCAAAAGAGGAACAAAUCGCAGAGAAAAAAAAGGAACUCGAGGACCGACUACUCGACGUAAAUCAUAAAAUCGGACCCACCAAAAAGGCGCCUAAAAAAGAUGCAAAAUCUGAUCCUACAGGAGCAGGUGCAGGACACAUGUCAUCGUCCAGCUCCAGUUCGGACAGUGACAGUUCGACGUCGUCCAUGAGCAGCAGCUCGAGCGAUUCCAGCGACAGCGAAGCAGGUGCCUCGGCAGCCAGGCAGGCCAAAAAGCCUAAAAUCGCGAAUCCCAAAAAGUCGCCCAACCCUUCGGUGAAUAACAACAAUGGUGGUGCACCUCUCACAGUGCCUCCAACAAUCAUCCAAGUGCCACAACUACAACAAAAACAAUCGCCCCAACCACCAGUCGUGGCCACGCCCAUACCGACAACGGCCACGCCCACUGUCAACUCGGUAGUACCGACGCCGCCGAUCACUCCUGUUAACGGCCCUUCGCCGCCAAUAAAACCUGUGGCGGCGCCACGUAAGCCUUCGACUAGUGAUAAGCCACCAACGAUACCUUCGCCCGUACCGGCCCAGCCGCCAAAUACCGGCGGGGGUGUGACUAAAAUGGGGGUGGGCGUGGCUGCGUCGCCAGACAAGCCCAAAGUACCAUCUCCCUUGUUGACUACCGCUGUUCAACAGCAGUAUACCGAUCCUAUUGAGGAGAGUUUGGCCAAUUUGGAACAGGAAAUGAAGAUAGAGCCUAUUGAUAACGUUAUUGCUAUGACUACUAGUAUAGCUCAGCCAAAACAACAACAGAUGCCGGCCAUUAACGCGAUGGUCCCUCAACAUCACUUGUCAAUGCCACCCAAUCCUCUGGCAAGUCUGGAACUUAAACAGCCCUUAGGAUUGCCGCCUACGAUCGGCGGCAUGCCGCCAAAUCCUUUGGCAGUGCCGCAACAUCAUAAUUUGCACAUGGAUCAGGACAUGCAAAGCCUGAUGCAUCAGGUAGGGCUGGGUCACUCUCAUCCAGGAAUUCACACUCAAAACAACGGCUACAGCAUAAAACACGAGUUCGACUCUUCAAUGGGCACAAACAAUAAUGGUAUGGCUACUUUAGGCCUACCCAUGGAAAUGUCUAUACCGUCAAUGUUUGACCCCUUGCCUCAGCACGUCAACAACAUGCAAAUGCUCAAAAAAGAAAUGCCUCUAAUGAAAAACGAACCCCAAGAUGUGUACGAUAAAAAGGCUCAAAUGCACGAGCAACAUAAAUCUAUGGGGGCGUUUCCUGGGUAUAACAAGGCCAAACCGGACGUGAAAAAUGCCAGUUCGUGGAGUAGCUUGGCAAAGGCCAGUUCACCUCCAAACAGCAAUUCCGGAAAUAGUAGCAAACAACAAAACAUGAUGCAAGUCAUGGACAGUUUUAAGGCAUUCCAAAAUAAGGCAAAAGAAAAGGCCGAUAGGGAAAAGCAAAGGCUGGAAACGUUAGAAUUAAAGAGGCAACAAAAAGAGCAAGCAGAACGAGAGAGGAUGAGGCAAGAAAUUGAACGAAGGAGAGAGGUGGAAGAGCAAGAAGCAUUAGAAAAAGCUAGGCAAGCGGUUGCGGAACGAGAAAAACCAGUACAAGCACAACGAGUUGAAGAGUUGAGGUCUUCACCGGGUGAGGGCAGCACUUCGCCAGGUUCCCUCAGUUCGGGUUCGGACAGGAUAUCAGACAGAGAGAGGCAGAGGCUGCAGGAACAAGAGAGACGCAGGAGGGAAGUGAUGGCGAAUAAAAUAGACAUGAACAUGCAAAGUGAUUUAAUGGCAGCAUUCGAAGGUUCGUUACAGUGUCUCAGUCGCGAUUAGGCAAAUUAUUACUAUUAUUUUUUUUUUUAUUAUUUCAAGUUUAUAUUUAUUUUUUUGUUGAAGUUUCAAACCGUAGGGUAUUUCCAUUUGUACUAGAAUUACAGCAAAUCCCAUAACAGUUUGAUUUAUUAUUAUUAUUAUUAAAAAAAAUUGAGACAUUUUUUAUUUAUUUUUUACGUGUCUCGCCGCCCUAUAUUGUGAAUUUAAUAAAUUGUCUAGUUUUCUUUUUGUAAAAAAAUGAUAUCUGUAUAUAGCUUUUUUGGUUUUAGACUUUAAGGUUUAGUAAAAGAGUGACGGACAAGAGUGAAAUGAAUUAUUGUGUAAUUAAGUACUAAAGAUUGUUUUAUUGCGGGCAUAAUAAUUAUGUAAUUAAAUUUACCAGUCCGAUAAUUAACAACCUAAUUUGUUAAUUAAUUUUAUUAUAAAUGUAGGUACAAAAAAUUAAAAAAACAGAUUUUUUCUAAUUUAAUAAAAUACUAUUAUUGACAUUUACCUCAUUUGUUGAUUUUUAUACAUACAAAAUAAGUAAUUAGGGGUAAGUUUAGUGUUGUUUCAGAUAGGGGUAAGUUUAGCGUUGUUUCAGAGAUACUCAGUUUUUUUUUAGGUCGGCUUUACACUAAAUUGCUUAGGAGAAUAAAUUCAACGUAAGACCAGCCUUAGAUUUGUUUGUGAAAAUAAUAAUACAAAAACGAAUAAUUAGCAAUUUUUUUCUUUAUAAUCUAGUUUUAGCUGUGCAUUUUAUUUGGUUACCUUAUUUAUAGUGUCCGUUAUACAAUUAUUAUGGGACUAAAAUAAUAUCUGAAGGUACAAGGUCUUUCCCCAUAUAUUGACCCCCCACUACAGGGGUUAUGCGAAGAGAUAUCAGAAAAUUGUAAAUGCAAAAGUUUUGGGGUCUUCCCUGAAAUUUUUGAAUCCGAUGUCAAAACCUUUUUUAUUUACGACUAAUGUAUAAUGUGCGUAUUAUAUUUGUGAUUUUGGCAGUAUAAUGACAUAUGUUAUUCCUCCAGGGAUUAAUGGUCAUUAUUCCACAAAAGUGUCAGUGUCAAACGUGUAGUGCUUGUGGAUUUGUAUUGAAAAUUAUGAGACGGAUGAAAUUUGUUCAUUGAAAAUCUUAAAUAAAUUAAUUUGUCGUAAAUAAAGUAGAGUAUACUACUCGCAAUAAUGGCUAUUAUUCCCUCGGAAUGUUACUCCCUCGCCGCUAACGCGGCUCAGUUCGUAAUAAUCCUCGGGAAUAAUAGCUAUCAUUAUUAACUUGUGGUAUAAUCUACUAUUAUUUUUUAGAAAUGUCAAAUUUUGACAGAUGAUCACUUUUUUUCUUAUGGAACACCCCAUAUAUGACUUCAUAGUUAAAAAGAGUCGAAUUUUCCGAUUUCAAAUAAUAUGGUUUAACUACUUACUACUUCUAAUUAAGCUGUUUUGGAAAUAUCGGGCUCUAAACUUCAAGGAAAAUACAUUGAAACACCUUGGUAGGUGGUGCCAUUGUUAUUGUUUGACAUGACACAGGAGGUCUUUCAAUGUAGUCACAGAAUGUUAUUUUCUUGAAAUUUAGAGCCCAAUAUUUUCAAAACGGCUUAAUUAAAAGUAGUUAAACCAUAUAUUUGAAUUCAGAAAAUUCUACAUUUUUCAACUUUAAAGUAAUAUAUAGGGUAUUCCAUAAGAAAAAACCAACCAUCUAUCAAAAUUUGACAUUUUUAAAAGAACAAAACAGUUUUUGACAUUAGAUUCAAAAAUUUCAGGUAAAACCUCAAAACUCUUGUAUUCACAAUUUUUUGAUAUCUUCUCGCAUCACCCCUAUAGGGAAGGUGUCAAUAUAUGGGAAAAGACUCUGUACAAAGUUCACCUUUGUAAACUGUCCAUUGCACUAUUAACUUCGUCUUUUUCUUUCAAUAAUCAUUACAAAGUCGUCCAAUUUUGUCCUUUUAUCUCUAGUCCUUCUAUUUUGUCCAAUUAUCCUAAAUUUUACUCCAUGACCAUGAUUAUUCCCUGGCUUUUGAUACUGAUCAUUUUUCCCUUUUAUUGACACUGUAUGGAAAGAAACCGUACCUCUAUAAUGAUUGGACUACAAUAUCUAAUUUUAUAAUUAGUAAAACUUUCACAAAAAAAAAUAUUGAAAUAAGAUAUAACAGUAAAUUAAAUAAAGGAUCACGCACGGAUCUUACGAGAGAAAAUAAAUUUCACGAUUGUCAUGAAAUUGAAAUAUGUUAUGCUUCUCGACCUCCUAAACGUAAGUUUUCAUAGGCCCAAAAAGAUCCUAUGAUUAGUUCAAGAGAUACAAGACCGGUUUCCUAAGUUAAAUUUGAUGUUUGAUAUUUUAUUAUUUACAUUGCCAAACAAAAACGUCAAGUCAAAACGUCAGAAUUUAAUGAGAAUCAUGAUGAAUAACCUAAAAAUUUAACAUUUCACAAAUUUCUGCUUGACCUCGGCAAGCAUCUCGCCCAAAUUUAAAGUGCACUUCGAAGUGAACUUCAAAUUUAUUUCAAUGUAAAUGGAUAUGUGCUACCGCCAUAUGACAAGCACGUCAAUUUCAAGACAAAUUGGAUUUCGAAGUGAAUGUAAAUGACCCAUUUUCAAAAAUUUGAAAAUGUCACAUUUCUGUCUUUUAAUUUUCCUGGUACAUCAACUAUCCCAGGACGGGAAAUUUUUUCCGUCCUCAUUACCCGUCCUCAUUUCCCGACCUCAUUUAUUUGGUUGUCACGAAUUUAUUUUUUUUUUUUCAAGAAAUUAUGGUUAAAAAUAAAAUAGUAUACAAACCUCGACGGGAAACUUCAUUGCUGUCUCGAGGUUCAGUGAAUGAAGCACUUCCCGUCUUGGAUUGUAAUAUACUAUUUCAACUUGAAAGCUUCAGAUGACAUUACUUUGGCAUUUUUUAACCUAGAAUAUGUCAGUGCCUGAACUCAACAUAUUCCGAAAUGUUUAUUUUUUGUCAAAAUUUUGUUAUGUUAACCCGGCCCUGUAUUUCCGAAACUAAUCAUAGGAUCUUUUUGGUCCUACAAGAACUUACGCUCAGGAGAUCAAGAAGCAUAACAUAUUUCAAUUUCAUGACAAUCUUGAAAUUUAUUUUUUCUCAUAAGACUCGUGCGUGUUCCUUUAAAAAAAAAAGAAAAAUAUUAUUUGGUCUUUUACUUAAAAUCAAUUGAAGUAGAUGAGGUAUAAGACUGCUAAAUAUUUUUUUGAAAAUUCACAUUAAAAAAAAAAAUAAUGGACGUCUCAUAAGAUUAUAAUUAUAAUUAGGUCUGUUUCUGCAGGAAUCACAAACCAAUCAGAGCGAAACAGUCAGAAAACUAGUUUCAACCAAUGAAAUUUCACUCUGACUUUUUUGUGAUUUCUGUAAAAACAGACCUAUAUUAGUAGUAGUAAAUCAGUUAAAAAUUUGUACAAAAAAAAAUAAUAAUUCCAUAUUCUAUUCUAUUAUUAUCCCCUUCUUAGCAAUAAUAAUUUAUUGGCAUUUUUCUCAAAAAGGAAUAGUUAAUCCUUUUUCCAACAAAUAAUUAUUUAUAUUUAAAAAAGAAAAAUGUAAAAUAUUGUAACAUAGAAUGUAACUUAAAUAAAUUUAGUUGUACGAGGGAUGGACUAAAAGUCUUCCCUUUUUUUUAAAAAAACCAUUUAAAAAUUAUUGUUUAGUCCAGCCCAAAAAGUUGAAAAAAAUAAACAUCUUUUUAUAUUAUUCAAACUCUAAACAAUAAUGUAUAUUAUUGAAAUUUAAUUUAUGGUAUAUUUAACUGUAAUAUAAUGUUUGGCUGUUAUACCUUUCUUUUUUCUUCUUUUUACAAUUUAUUCUUUUAUUUUAAGUCAGAUAUAGUGAUGUUAGAAUAAACUAAGAUGUAUUAUACGGAUUUUAUUUGUUUUAUUUUAAAUUAUGCCCCAAACUUCCUCAAAAGCUGAACAUAAUUUUGUACAAGUCAAAGCGGCAGAUAAAGGAUAAUUGCUUAUGGAAAUAUUGUCUUCGGCAUAGUCAACAUUUAAACUUCCUCUGGCAAAAGCUCCAAUUACCAUUACAAUAGGCUCUUCUCCAUUGGGAACCAAUUCUUUGCAAUUUUUCACUAUUUUUGAUGAAAAAGACAUUGCAAUUUUUCUAACUCCUACAGGCAAAUGGUCUGUUAUAGGAUUUUUAAUUACUUUAAGUAAUUUUGGCCCACUUUCCGCUCUAAUGGAAAACUUAUGAAGAAGUUGAA